AUGGUGAAGUUGAUUUUAGUUACUUGCAUGUGUUAUUAAUACAAAUUGUUUUAUUUACUUAUCAUUUUUUUUAAAAAAAGAAGGUGUAUUUCCUUAAUAUAAAGAUGUGACGACUAAUAAAAUAUUUUGUUAAUCUAUAGAACAUGAGGCAUGUUAAUUUAAAAAAAAUAAUUACGUUUAAAUAAUAGACGAAUCACCUAUAAAAUCUGAAGAUUCUGUGAAAAAUAAAUUAUUAAUAUAUUAAUUAAUUAUAAUUAAUAAAAAUAUUUUACUUAAUGUAAUAUUUUUGGUUGAUAAAAUGUUGCCACUGAUGGAAUAUAUUGUCGACUUAUAGAUUAAACCUGUUAAGAAAUAAAUCCUUUAACUAUUAAAGAUACCACCUGUAUAAAGAUAGGACUUAUAAAUAAUAUUAUAUUGUGAAUAAGUAUCAGUCGAUGAUUAAUAAUUAUAAAUUAGAAAAAAACUAUGUGCAUUUCCAGAAUCAACAGAUGAAUUUAGUUGA